UAUUGACUCGUUGCUUUCGUCACCAACAUCCAAAGCUACCCCUGACCAUCGAAAAAACACCAAACCCCAAAAGGAGUAGUUCAGUCUCUCACCCCAUUUUCCCACUCUUUCCCACACUUUCCCACCUCCCAAACAACAACAUUCUCGAAAACCACAUUAAACCCACUUCCAAUUUUGUUAACACAGCUCUCUAAUCUCACCAAUGCAGCACGAAAUUUCUGUCCUGCAAGCUUUCUUCUUCAUCCAUAGUCUCUCACCUCAGCGCUACAAUUCUUAACGUUCCUUUCCUCAAAUUACUUAGUAAAAGCUUACGGUUUAGUCCAGAAAGCUCUAAAUUAGAAGCUUUUACGGGGCAAUUUUGGUAUGAUAAUCAAGUGAGCCGUAAAUGUCGGGACCGCCGAGGGUAAGGUCGGUUAACAUUGCAACGGAAAUGGAAGCGAGGUCGGUUCUGGGCCCGACCGGGAACAAAGGUCCGCGAAAACCGGCCCCUAAAUCGGUUAAAAAAACGGAAAAACCGGUUCAAGAAACUGGUGAGCGUCAAGAGAAAGAGAAGGAGAAAGAAUUUUUGAGCCCACAAAAGCAACAAAUGCCUGUUCCUCAAUCGUUGACUUUGACUGCAUCGAUUUUGAGGCAGCAGGAAAGGAAGGCGGGGAAUUUGUCGAUGAGCUUGUCGUGUUUGUCGGACGGUGGGGCAUCGUCUUCGUCCGCAGGGUCGUCGUCGAGUGGGAGGACUGGAGGAGGGCGGCGGGGUGGUGGGGUUCGAGUCGGAGUUGGUGUGAGGAGGAAGCAAAGUGGGGUGAAAGUGGAGAAAGUUGAGAGUGGGGUGGAGGUGGAGUCAGGGGCCGGUGGUUGCUUGGAGGACAAGAAAAGGUGUGGAUGGGUCACACCAUAUUCGGAUCCUUGUUAUGCUGCUUUUCACGAUGAAGAAUGGGGAGUUCCGGUUCAUGAUGACAGGAAACUGUUUGAAUUGCUGAGCUUAUCAGGUGCUUUGGCUGAACUGACAUGGCCUACCAUCCUUAGGAAAAGGCAUAUGUUUAGGGAAAUCUUUCUGGAGUUUGACCCAAGUUCCAUUUCAAAGCUAAGUGAGAAAAAGAUAGGUGCUCCUGGAAGCCUUGCCAGCUCUCUUCUAUCACUAUCAGAGCUGAAGAUUCGAGGCAUAAUUGAAAAUGCACGUCAAAUAUGCAAGGUAAUAGAUGAGUUCGGGUCAUUUGACAAGUACAUUUGGAGCUUUGUGAAUCACAAGCCACUAGUUGGUCAAUUCCGGUACCCUCGCCAGGUUCCAGUCAAGAGUCCAAAAUCAGAGGUAAUAAGCAAAGAUCUUGUCAGAAGAGGAUUCCGGAGCGUGGGGCCGACUGUCAUAUAUUCAUUUAUGCAGGUGGCUGGACUGACUAAUGACCAUCUUAUUAGUUGCUUUAGAUUCCUGGAAUGCAUAACGGGAUUGGAAUCAAGGGAAAAGGGAAAUGGUGAGGCAAAUGGUGAAACCAGAAAACUUGAGGAGACAACUGGCUUGGGAUAGCCUAUCACCAGAUGUCUGGGAGUUACUUUCAAAGUGUGUGUGUGUGUGUGUGUAUGGGGCUUUUGUUGAGAGGUUGUAAUUUUGUUCUGUUUAUUGAGAGUUCCACACCUUCUUUGGUGAGUGCUGGGGAAUGAUUUGUGUACAAAUGUGUACUUGUCUAGAAACUAGGGAGAAGGAAGCAUGUUGCAUCUUAUAAAUGCCGUGACUAUGAUGGAAAGGAUAGCUGAUCCUUACAUUUUUCAAUCAAUAGAAAUUUCCACAAAUGCAUUGAAGAAACCCUUUAUGAGUUGUCAUAUCAGGUGAGGUGGUGGUUGGAAAAUCCUCGCCUCCAGAAUGGGAAUAUUUCCAGUUUAGAAACUAGAAACUCUGGGUAUCUUCCUCUGCAUUGUGGGGCAAUGAAAUGCGACCUAAUUGAAGAACA